UUAUUCAUCCUCCACUAGGUUUCCUCCGCGUCCUUGGCCUUUCUCCCCACCGAUCCUUUCCUCAACCCAGUAUAUCCUAAAACUGAUGUUUGCUUGAGACAAGUCCAAAAUUUCGUGAAAAUUUGCUUUUCUCGCUCUCCCUAGAGUGGGCUGGGCCGGAAGCGGAAGUGUCUGUGAGUUCCAGUCUGGCCAUGGAGGAGUCUCCGUUCAGGGAACGGGUACUGGACGCCAAAUCCGAGGUCACCUGCCAGCUUGUAGAUUUUCAGUGGAAACUGGGCAUGGCUGUGAGCUCUGACCGCUGCAGAUCCCUCAAGUACCCGUAUGUGGCAGUGAAGCUCAAAGUGGCAGAUCCUUCUGGCCAAGUAAACACCAAGUCCAUCGAAAUGACAAUCCCACAGUUUCAGAAUUUCUACAGACAGUUCAAGGAAAUUGCCGCUGUCAUUGAAACUGUGUGAGGACAGAUUCUGAAGUAAUGGACUCUACCUUCCAGAAGAGAACUGCAUAUGGGGGAAAGAUAUUUAUGCAAUGAAAAGUGCACUUCUGGGACUGGAUAGGUGGCUCAGAGGUUAAGAGCACUGGUUGCUCUUCCAGAGGACUCAAGUUCAAUUCCUGGUAACCACAUGAUAACUCAAAACUGCCUGUAAUAUUAGGACCAGGGAAUCCUACACCCUCCCAUAGAUGUCUAUGCAGGCAAAGACAAAUGGGUAGAAAAUUAAAAAUUAAAAGAAUUUCACUUCCCAAUUUUUUUCCCAGUUUUUAAAAAAAAAUUGAUAAACUCAAAUUUUUCAGUGGU